AUGGCCCGACUUAUACCUGAAGUCAAACCUGGAGAGAUACCGCCUGCAUACGACGAGAUCAUGCUCUCCAGGCCGGGACAGGAUGUCCGACGGGCUUCUCCAAGCAUGCCCUGGUGGAACCCGCGAUACUGGAGGAAGCGAGUAUGGGCGGGAGUCGUGGUGGCUAUCCUCGUUAUCCUCGCCAUCAUUAUUGGAGUUGCGGUUACACAGGCAAAGAAGAACGAGUACCCAAACUAUACAGCGCUUUCGUAUAGCCUCAAGGAUACAAUUGAUGGAGAGUCUUUCUUUGACAAUUUUAACUACUUUACUGGAUACGAUCCCACCGGGGGCUUCGUUCACUAUGUUCCCAAAGAACAAGCAACAUCUCUUAACCUGACCUAUGCCUCGUCGAGCUCCGCCAUCCUCCGAGUUGACACAUCCGUCGGUCCCAAUGACGAACCCAACGCCUCGACGGGUCGCUUCUCGGUGCGCGUCGAGUCGAAGAAGACGUAUGACGACGGCCUCUUCAUCUUUGAUGUCAAGCACACUCCCUACGGCUGCGGCACCUGGCCCGCUCUCUGGCUCACCGAUCACUCCAACUGGCCCGACAAUGGCGAGAUUGAUGUUAUGGAGGCUACGAAUCAGGCCGCCGACGGGAAUCAAAUGACGCUGCAUACUACAUCUGGCUGCUCCAUGGAUGUGCGACGGAAGGCUACUGGCAAGGCAUUGCAGAAGAACUGCGACCACAGCAAGAACGACAAUGCGGGUUGUGGUGUCAAAUCUGACGAUGAUGGCUACGGAACGAGCUUCAACAACAAUGGCGGAGGAAUCAUGGCUAUGGAAUGGCGAGAAGAGGGCAUUCGCAUGUGGCAGUUCGCCAGAGACUCGAUUCCCUCCGACAUCAAGAGCAAGAAGCCAAACCCAAGCACCUGGGGAACAGCUCUCGCCGACUUUCCCAACACGGACUGCAACAUUGGCUCUCACUUUAAGAACAACAGCAUCGUUGCAAACAUUGACUUGUGCGGCGAGCUGGUGUAUGCCGUCUGGGAUGAAUCGGGAUGCCCGAGUAACUGCACUGAUCUCGUUGCCAAUAACCCCGAUGCUUUCAAGAAUGCGUAUUGGGAGUUUGGAUCUUUUGAGGUAUAUCAAACCUCCUGA